ACUAUGAGAUCUUUGCUGCUGAUCUCUGCCCUCUGCAUGGCUGGCUGCGAAGGUAACAAGAGUGAGCUGGCCAGCCCACACACCCUGAGGGGAGGGUCUGAGCUCCGUCUCCAGAGGAGCCUGGAUGCCUGCCUGCCAAACCCAUGCCAGCACAAAGGGAGCUGUCAGGUCGUGGAGGACAGACCAGUUUGUAGCUGCAAACCAGGCUUCACGGGAGCAUUCUGCGAAGAUUUGGUACUGAAGUUGUCCUGCGAGGAAGAGCACAUGAAGAUGAUGGUGAGGAAGGAGGUGUUUGAACUCUUGAAAAUCCCCCGGGAGCUGGUCCACUUGAAGAGCCAGGCAUGCAAAGUCUCAGAAAGGGAAGAAGAGGGCAAGCUGUUCUUUGCAGCCACUCUCACAGGUGAAAACCACACUGCCUGUGGAUCAAUAAUUCAGCAAAACAGCUCCCAUGUGUUGUACUCCAAUGUCAUUGAGUCAGAGCAGGAAGCACACAGGGGCGUGAUCUCCCGGAGUUUUCAGCUGGAGGUACAUUUCUCCUGCAUCUACGCCUAUGAGCAGGUGGUGAAACUGCCCUUUGCUCUCACGGCUGUUGACAAAGUGGUGCAGUUCGUGGUCAGAGAAGGACAAUUUAAUGUCAGCAUGAGACUGUACAAGACGCUCUCCUACCUCCAGCCCUACCACCUGCCAGCUGCAGCCAUCCCCAUCACAGACAUGCUUUAUGUCCUGCUGAAGAUAGAAGGACAGGACCAGCAAAAGUACUUUCUGCUGAGCAUUGAGGACUGCUGGGCCACACCAACCACAGAUCCCUACCAGGACAUGCAGCAUAAGCUGAUUGAGAAUGGGUGUCCCCACGAUGAGACAGUGACAUACCUGAAUGCCGUUGGAGAGAGCACUACUGCCAAGUUCAGCUUCCAGAUGUUUCAGUUUGUUGGUUACCCCGAGGUGUUCCUGCACUGUCGUGUCCGGCUUUGUCUCCCUGAGAGCCCAGAGCCCUGUGCCAAGCAAUGCCCCGGGCACAGGAGGAACAAGCGGGCACCAUCAGAGGACUACAAUAAGAUUGUCUCCUACGGGCCAAUCCAUCUACUGCCUUCUCCUUCCAUGGGAGCAGAGACCCACCGUUCCAGGACUCACCAACAAGACCUGAGGGGGCCUGGGCUNNNNGUCCCUGGGGGCCUCAUCCUGUUUUGUGCACUUGGUGUGCUCACUGUGGCUGCUGUGGCCAUCGGUGCGAGGCGAUGA